CUUGCUCCCCUUGGCCAAGGGCAUCGCGGAGGAGGUGCCGUCCCGGGGCUCCCCGACCCGGGGGAGCGGUGACCUUGGCCGGGAGGAGCCGCGUACUCUGCGCUGCCAUCCGCAGGUCAUCUUCUCAAAAUCACUGCAAGCUGAAGAUGGAUAUUAAGCGCGUGAAGGACUAUAUCUAUUGGCUGUACUACCAGUACCUACUGAUCACCUGCAGCUACGUGCUGGAGCCCUGGGAGCAGUCCAUGUUCCACACCAUCAUCGUGACUGUUUUUGCUAUGGUGGUGUACACAGCUUACGUCUUCGUCCCCAUCCACGUCCGCCUGGCUUUUGAGUUCUUCUCCCAGAUAUUUGGAGGCCAGCCCGAAAGCACAGUUUCCAUCGUGAACUGAACUUGCCUGAGUAGUGAUCAGCAGCCCUUGCAGCUCGUGACAUGCAAUGUCUUCUGCAAUUUUGUGUAUUUAUUCUGAAGCAGUUUUGCGGUUAUGAAAACACCAUUUUCUCUUACAAAACAUCGCUUGCUUAGUUACCAGAGCUGAAAAACAGAAUAAUGCACUGACUACUGGCUGCACAGUCCCCGUUAAAUAAAACACGGGCCAGCUUUUACUGUGUGAUAAUGAAACACAUCACUUGGAAUGCCAUGUUUGCCUAAUACUCAGCCGGCUCCCACUGGCAGCACCCUAAUUUAAUCACACUGGCGUGUAUGAAAUAGCAAAGACUGUUUAUGAUGGCUGUGAGGAGGGGUACUACGCUCAUUAUACACAAAGAAGUUCUGCCAACAGUGCAGUGGCAAAACAUACCAUGCCUUCUUUGACCCAGGUUAGAGAAUAUAAGGAGAUGAGUAUAAUACAACAUGAUUUGAGUAGUAACUAGUGUCUGUCUGGUUACUGACUUAUGCUUUUUAAUGGUCAGGAAAGUAAAGUAGCAGAGAAAGUAAGAGGAGUAUGAACUUAAAUCCAACCUUUUGCAUCUAAGUUGCUGCAUCUGAGUUUAGAUGGUCUAAGAUAGUAAAAAAAACAUACUAUGGGUAAUCUUGCAGUUUACUGAAAAUGACAGAAAGAAAGAGAACUGGCUCUGUUUCAGUGCACUCCUGCCGCCCUUGAUAAAAACCAAGACAUCUUUUGUUUCUGCUCCCAUUCGCCAAGGCAAGCAAAAUGCAUGUCUGCACCAGAGGAAGAUGAACCAGAAAAUAGAGUGGAAGUAAUAUUUUAAUAACUGCAGGGAAGUCUGAGUGCUUAAAGAGAUCUCCUUUAUAAUGAAGAAAUGAGAUUUAUUCUAAUUGCCUGUCAGGAGUUUCUUGAACAAUGGAAGGUUAGCUGGGUUUUCACUCCACACCUAAAUCAAAUGUCAACACCAAAUCAUAAGUUAUAGCUAUACAGUGCAUGUAACUAAGAGCUGAUGCUACUGUUAUGAGAGAGGUGCAAAAUGUAAAUAGCUUUCAAAUGAUAUUUGCAGAGUUACAGAAUUAAAACUCUCUCUUAACUUCUUGAGCAAGCUGCAGUGGGGUCCUGCAUGCUUAAAAGAACACUGUUUGGAAACUAAGACAUGUUUUGAAGGUUGAACAGAUCUGAACAUGUGUAUGCAGUUUUUUCAGAGAAAAAUAAAAUUUUAUUCUUCAGAAACAACA